AUGAGGUUCUCAGUAUUGAAACCUCUCGUUUUUCUCACGGCCCUUGCGGUCGGCACUGCCGCAGAGCCCAUGCUCACGUCCAGCUCAUUAAACACAUGCCAGGAGGACUCAAGUUUCACGGCCAGUCUAUUCAAGGUUGUCUUCACGCCAAACAACAACUCAGCAUCAGUCGAUAUCGUUGCUACUUCAUCAGUGGAAGGCAAGGUUGUGUUCGAUGUCGCCAUUUCAGCUUAUGGCUAUCAAAUUGUCCGUAGGACAGUCGAUCCUUGCGAUGCUGGACUGGCUGGUCUCUGCCCUAUGACGGCUGGCAAGAUCCCUCUGAACUUCAACUUGCCCGUGGGUGCUGACGCUAUCACUCAAAUCCCCGGUAUUGCCUACACUUUUCCCGACCUGGACGCCACUGUUCGUGUAUUCCUGAACAUGACGGAAACUGGGAAGAGCGUGGCCUGUGUUGAGGCGGAUAUUUCCAAUGGAAAAACGGUCGACCUCGUUGGUGUGAAGUGGGUUCUGGCUAUUAUCGCUGGCCUGGCCCUGGUAUCUUCUGCUGUUAUCAACGGUCUCGGCCACUCUAACGCCGCUGCUCACGUCGCCUCGGGGGCCCUAUCCCUCUUCGGUUUCUUCCAGGCUCAGGCCAUGCUUGGUCUGACGGCUGUUCACCUGCCCCCGGUGGUGCAAUCAUGGACGCAAGAUUUCCAGUGGUCCAUGGGUAUCAUCAACAUCGACUUCAUGCAAACGAUUUUUACCUGGUACCAGCGAGCGACUGGCGGAACUCCUUCGACCAUCUUCGACUCCUUGACCACUGUCUCCGUCCAAGUGGAGAAGAGAUCGCUGGCUGACGCAUCGAUGAACCUCUUCCGAAGAACCGCAGCAAUGAUGCCUAAGGCGUCCGCCUCCCUCAUGAGACGAGCCAAUGUUCAAACUGGAUCUGGAAGCUUCAUCGUCUACGGUAUUCAGCGCGUUGCCUUCAAGGCUGGCAUUGAGACGACCAACCUCUUCAUGACGGGUCUGACGUUCUUUUGCCUGUUUGUCAUUUUCACCAUUAUGGGAGUGACCGCUUUCAAGGGUUGGUGUGAACUGGCCGCAAAGCAGAAGUGGAUCAAGAACGACACAUUCCUUGAGUUCCGUAACGGCUGGCUUACUGUGCUCAAGGGCAUCUUAUUCCGCAUGACUCUUAUUGGCUACCCACAGAUGACGAUUCUCUGCUUGUGGGAGUUUACCCAGAUCGACUCGCCUGCUGAGGUCGUGUUAGCCGUCUUCUUUUUCUUCGGCAUGACCGCCACUCUGGCAUGGGCUGCAUCCAAGGUUAUACGCAUCGCUCGCCGGUCUGUUGCCAUGCACAGAAACCCUGCCUACAUCCUCUUCUCGGAUCCUCAGGCUCUGAACAAGUGGGGUUUCUUGUACAUCCAAUUCAGAGCAUCCGCCUACUACUUCAUCAUUCCAGUCCUGGGAUACACUCUCAUUAAGAGCAUGUUCAUCGCAUUUGCCCAGAAGAGUGGUACCGCCCAGGCCGUUGGGUUCCUCCUGAUCGAGGCCGGCGCGCUUAUCGGUGCCAGUGUUCUGCGGCCAUGGAUGGACAAGAGCACCAAUUCGUUCAACAUCGCCAUCUGCGCCAUCAACUUCAUCAACGCUAUUUUCCUUCUCAUUUUCUCCGACGUCUUCAACCAGCCAGCCCUCGUCAACGGUGUCAUUGGUCUCAUUCUUUUCUUCCUUAAUGCCAUUUUCGCCCUAGUGUUGUUGUUGAUGGUGAUCGCUACCACCGUGGUCGUCUUUGUGCGCAAGAACCCGGAUACCCGAUAUCAAUUCAUGGCUGAUGACCGAGCAUCCUUCAUGAAGUCGCAGAGCCAGCUUACCGGAACUACGGAACUGGAUGCUCUGGCGGCCACUGCUCGCGGUGACAAGAGUGGAUACAAAGCAGGUUUAGAUCUCGACGACGACAAUGAGUCCAUCUCUUCCGACUCGAUGCGCCGCCGAACUGAUCCCAACAUGGCAGCGCUGCAAACUGCUCAUACCGGUCCACGCGAACCAUCACGAUCUCCGGUUGAUCCGUCCGUGCCGCUAUUCCCGGCCAACGGGCAGCGCGGGCCUCUUGCCGCUCCUGGCUCCAUGAACAGAGCACCCAGUCCGUACGGUGGUUCAAACGCGUCCGUCUUCCGGCAACAGAAUAACGCCAGCCCCUCAGGGUACAGAAAUCAAAAUAAUGCUAGUCCGUGGCAACGUGGUGCUGGUUACGAACACUAA